UCUCUCUCUCUCUCUCUCUCUCUCUCUCUCUCUCUCUCUCUCUCUCUCUCUCUCCCUCGCCGUCUCUCCCUUAAUCCCAUUUGCCAUUGUACAUGCCCAAUCGCCUAUACUUUCCGCAUUUAACUUGGAUGACAUUUUUAUUUCAUCAUUAGCAUCAGACGCCAGACUGACUGACACGGUGGACACAGUUUGCGUUUUGACGGAAGAGAAUGAGGCAUGUUUAUGAUUAUAAAUGUUUUGUUUCACCUCCUAAAGGUUUUAUUUGAUCAUUUUUCUAGCUUAGAGGAGCGUGUGUUUUGAAGCGCUCCCUCGGUGUGAAAGCGAGUCUUUGCGUAAAAUCCCCAAGAAGAAUAAAACAGGGACGAGUCAAAACCAGGAUAUCGACAGUCUCCAACACAGAGCUGAGUUGUUUUCUUUUAUACUCCUUUCUUCCGUGGUCGUCUGCGCUCAGACCACAACCACAGCGAUGCCAGAGACGACGCAAGAGACGUGCGCUUCAGCCAAGGACUCUCCUUUCUUCAUUAAGAACCUGCUGAACUGUGAUAGCAAACCGUCCAAACCCAAGCCGGUGCUGGCGGCCACGAAGGCGGCCGUAGAGGGAGGAUUUUCCCUCUCCCAAGUCGGGGACUUCAACUUUCCGCGCUUCGACCUGCCGACGCAGAGGUUCAGUCUGCCGGCGCACUACCUGGAGCGCACGUCGGCGUGGUGGUACCCGUACACGCUCGGCUCAUCCGCGCAUCUACACAGAACAGAAGUCAUCGAAAAACCAGGAGCCAGAGACUCCUCGCCAACCUCGGGCACGGACAGAGACUCUCCAGACCUGGUGCUCAAGUCCGAGCCAGACGCCAAAGACGACGACGAGGACGAUGAGCACAACAACAACAAAAGCGGCGACGAGAUAAUCCUGGAGGAGAGCGACGCGGAGGAGGGGAAAAAGGACGAGCUGGAGGAGUGGAAGAAGAGGGAGGAGGACAAGAAGCCGUGCCGCAAGAAGAAGACGCGCACGGUCUUCUCCCGGAGCCAGGUGUUCCAGCUGGAGUCCACGUUCGACAUGAAGCGCUACCUGAGCAGCUCGGAGCGCGCGGGCCUGGCGGCUUCUCUCCACCUCACGGAGACUCAGGUGAAGAUAUGGUUUCAGAACAGACGGAACAAGUGGAAGAGGCAACUCGCCGCGGAGCUGGAGGCCGCCAACUUGAGUCACGCGGCGGCGCAGAGGAUAGUGCGGGUGCCCAUCCUCUACCACGAGAACUCGGCCUCGGAGAGCGGAGGCACCGCUGCCAACGUGCCCGUGAGCCAGCCGCUGCUCACCUUCCCGCACCCCGGGGUGUACUACUCGCACCCCAUCGUCACAUCGGUCCCGCUGCUCAGACCGGUUUGAAAAUACCCGAGGAACGAGUUGGUGUCAAUUUCCAAAAAGUAAAAAAAAAUAAUAAUAAUGGAAAGAAGACAAAAAAUAAAUAAAAGUAUUUUUGUACAACUGACAGAAUGAAGAAAAAAGUCAAAUAAUCAGACACGUUGUCAGGCCUAUGUGGCAGAUACAUUUGUCAUAUUCCAUAAAGGUGCCGUAAACACAUCGUCAGUUAAAUCCAAUUAUUAUUAUUAUAAUUAUUACAUGACAUCAUCACCUCAGGAGUCUACUGUAUACUGCCCGUUUCUUUUAUUUUCCUAGUUUUUAACAGAAUAACUGUUGUUGAAUAAAACAACUGUGUGAAAAUUUUGAAAAACACCUUGUUUACAAGAAUUGGCGAGCUAAAGGUGCGAGUCUGCUUAUCACUCUUAACACGCUUAUUUGCUUUUUAUUUACAUUCCCAGCACUGAUAACGUGCUGAUGUGCAAUACACUGACUGCGUGCUGUGAGUGAAUGAAUCCACUAUGAAUCGCCUAUUCACGGUGAAAUACUGACGAGGCUUUGUUGAAACAUUUCCCCCUUUUUCUUUUUUUUUUUUGCUAUUUAAAGCGCUUGACGGGGACAAUCAAGAGACUCUCAACUGUAAAAUAUCCAUGUAGCUUUCUGUUUAGUUUUUAGUGACUCUCACUCUUGUUCGCCCCACAUGGACACGUCCUUCAAGCACAAGUGUGAGCUCCAAUGUCUCUUAAUCUUUGUGUUUUGGAACAGGAGCGCGAAAAAUAUCGCCUACACUGGUGUACAAAAUAUGUAAAUGUAUAUAUUUAACGAGGCGCGGGGAGAUGAGCUGUCACUUGCGGCUUCAACUUUGUACAGUAAAAACGUUUUGAUAUUGUAUUGCUGAACCAUGUUGUGAAAUAAAUGAAUAUUCCUUACAUA